GGCAGGCGGCAGCGCAGAGCCCGCACCGGCCCCGCCAUGGCCUCGCUGCUCAAGGUGGACCCGGAGGUUGAUUCCUUCAGGGAGCGGAUCACAAGCGAGGCUGAAGAUCUGGUGGCAAACUUUUUUCCAAAGAAGCUUUUAGAGCUCGAUGGGUUCCUCAAGGAUCCUAUCCUGAACAUUCAUGAUCUCACUCAGAUCCAUUCAGACAUGAACCUCCCAGUGCCUGACCCAAUUCUCCUCACAAACAGCCACGAUGGACUGGAUGGGCCAAAUAUGAAAAAGAGGAAGCUGGAAGAUCGUGAAGAGACCUUUCAGGGUACCAAAGUGUUUGUGAUGCCCAACGGGAUGCUGAAGAGCAACCAGCAGCUGGUGGACAUCAUUGAGAAAGUGAAGCCAGAAAUCAGGCUGCUAAUUGAGAAGUGUAACACGGUGAAAAUGUGGGUGCAGCUUCUCAUCCCCAGGAUAGAAGAUGGAAACAACUUUGGUGUUUCUAUUCAGGAGGAAACAGUCGCUGAGCUUCGAACUGUGGAGAGUGAGGCAGCAUCCUACCUGGACCAGAUCUCUAGAUACUACAUCACAAGAGCAAAGUUGGUGUCCAAAAUAGCUAAGUACCCUCAUGUGGAGGAUUACCGCCGCACGGUGACGGAGAUCGACGAGAAGGAAUACAUCAGUCUGCGCCUGAUCAUUUCAGAGCUGAGGAAUCAAUAUGUCACUUUGCAUGACAUGAUCCUUAAAAACAUUGAGAAGAUCAAGAGGCCUCGGAGCAGCAAUGCUGAGACCCUCUAUUAAGUGUCAACGUUUGAACUUGAGAACUGUUCAGUCAACUCAAGACCGUCAUUGCCUUGGUUUGUUACAUGACUAUCGAGAUGGGAAACUGGCUGGAAAUAGUAUUGCAUUCUUAGUUAAACUCUAAAGAAAUUCUUGCCUAGUUUUGUGAUUGGUUUUGUUCAGGUCUCAGGAGCUCUCCCUCCCUCUAUAACUGAUAAUGAGAAGGUUGUGGUGCUUUGGGGUGCCCUGGGAGCUACUACAGUGAGAGCAUCAGCCAGGCAAGAACAUUCCUUCAUGCCUUUUGUCCUACCUGAGUAGGAACGAUGCUAGAGACCAAGCCCUUGUCCUGUCCCAUCUCUUGGCUGGAAGCUGGACUGGGCUCUCUUGGUUGGGGGCAAAGCCAGCCUGGGGGGGUGUGGAUGUGCAGCUGCCCCUCUCCACUCGUGCUCUGCACUGACCAACUGCAAGGAUGGGGACCCUGCCCCUCUGGGAUGGUGGCAGCAGCCAUGCUCCAGGGCCACCAGGCUGUCUGUGCUCCUUUUCUGGCUCUGCAGAGCCUGCCCUGGCAGUUCUGGUCAGAUCUGUGCAGAGCACCAGGUGGUGCUAGAGCUUGGGCUGGUGCUCUCCUGGCUGGUCCUGAGCUCAGGUGGCUCCUGCUCCUGUUUUACCAUUUGAUUAGAGCCACUUUCCUGGCUAACACCAACGUUACCUCCCAUACAUCCCACUGCCCCAUCAGGGUGAGGUGCUUUUUGCCCCAGCUGAGAGAGGGAGGGCUGUAGGUCCCAUCCUGAAAUCCCAGUAAUCCCCAGGGUGGUCACCCCAGACCCACUGGUGCUUGGGGUGAGGGUGGCUGCCAACCCCCCAGUAUCCCUGCAGACCUGGUGGUCUUUUUCCCCCCUAGAGGGCACACUCCUGUGCCUGGUGACUCCUCCAAGCUGCCAGAACAUUUCAUGGUCCAUUACAAACCCCUUUGGAAAUGACUGGUUGUGUUGCAUCAGUUUUUGUGUGUGGCAAGUGGGCCCAUAACGCUGCAGGCUCCAGAAUUCUCUUAUUUAUAGUAUUUCUACUUAAGUCCCCUAUUCAGGGAACAUGAAAUCAUUUGUUUCAGGAACCUCACUGUUUCCUGGGUCUUGCUGUUACACCCAUAUAUUCUUAUUGUGCAGUAGCCUUAAUAGUUGUGUUAACCUCCUUGUAACAACAGUGACAAAUGGAAUGAAUUUUCUCCCCCCCCCCUCCCUGCCCUUUUUUUUUUUUUUUUUUUUUUUUUUCCUUUUUUACUUUGUUUUUGUUCCUCCUGCUUCCACACCUAAGAGCCACCUUGUCUCUUGCUGGUUUCCCAGGGAUCUCCCCAGAGUGUGGAGGGCUGCUGGCCCUUGCUUUAGACUCUUCUGUUGUUGUUUGUAGUAAGUCAACUCUUAGUCUUCCCGCUAAUAAAUAUUCAGUAACAAACCAACCGUGCUCUGGCUGCUGUCGGGGAGCAGCACUUCCCCUUGUGUUCCUUUGUAUUGGUUCCCUUAAAUUUGUUUGGCUCUCUCUGCCAGAUGAAAGUAUGUAAACCUUUACCAUGUCAAGAAAUUAAAAUAAGGUACUUGGAA